AUGGGCGAUGCUGCGGCGAUAGCGAGCGCAGUGCGUUCCUCAUUACUCGCAAUUCAUUCGCACAACGCAACACCAGAGUCCAUCAAAAAGUCUGAAAAGUGCUUGCUUGAUGCCACCGCCGCGCUGAAAGGCCUUAAUCCGGCUGUGGCGCUGGAGGUCUUUUUCCUUCUCAAUGCUCCGUUGCUUUCUCCGUCAAUUGAAAUCCUCUCGGCGAAACAAUUUUCUCUAGCCGAACUUAACCAUGGGUUUUACAUUCUUGACGAAGUUCUGUUUCGUGCCAAAGUUCCGUGGGUAUCUUUUCCGGAUGAGAUACGUACCAGCGUGCGACAGGUGGCCGUUAAGCUCUUCCAGAAUGCGUCUGAAGUCCAUGCGGGUGGCUCACGAGUUUAUGAGUUUCCUGUCAUGGUUCAAGAAAAGAUAACCUCUCUCUUGUCAGCUCUAGCCAUUCGAGAGUGGCCUCAGCGAUGGAAUACGUUUCUUGAUGAGCUACUUUCAGAACCACAAAGAGCCGAGACUUGUUGCCAUGUACUUAGGGUCUUAUCGGAGGAAGUGUACGAUUAUGGCACCUAUAUCGAUUCUAAACGACGAGAAGAACUCAUUCAUGCGUUAGCCUUGACCCUAUCUCAAACGUUAGGAUUUGUCACAUCGGCGGCUGAAGUUUUCAGUCAGCAGAAGAACUACAAUGGCUUGAAUAUAGCGCUAGACACAAUUCAUGCAUUUCUAUCAUGGGCAUCGCUCGACGACGUGUUCUCUGCUCAUGUUCCAGACGCAUGUUUCUUGCUCCUGCGUGUACCAGAGACCAGAGAUCGUGCGUUGUCCGCGCUUACCAAGCUGGUUCGGCGGAAUUUCUCUCAAGCUGGGUACGCAUCCGAUCGAAAACAGGGCGCGGGGGUGCAGGAACGAAAAUCUGAAGCUCAGUUUUGCCAUACGGUAUUCUAUGGCCUUCUUAAGUUUGUGAUGGAGUCUCGCAUUCGGACGGUUGCAUCAGUAUCACUUUUCCCUCCUACCAGAGCCAUCGUGCCGAUCUUGGCGGAUUCAUACGAAGUGGUUGUUGGCGAUCUUCAGAAGCAGGAUAUCGCCAACGAAGACGAGCAUGAAUUUCAAGUGGCCUUCUUUACUAUGCUUUCGCAUUUGGGAUCUUCGAACUUUUGUAGUGGAUUUCUCAUUUCGAAACAAAAAGGGCCCCUAUUCCUGUCCGCAGAAGAGCAGCAAUGCGCUGCGGCAUUUGUAGAAUGUAUGUUGUGUGCCGCCGCAAGCCCAUCGUGCGCUAUCCGCCUUGCAGUCGUUCCUUUCUUUACAGAAUGCCUGGCCAAUAUCACAAAGAACAAACAGGUAGUAGGGGACUCGUUUCCACCCCAAAAUCUAGCCCGUUUCAUAGUUACGGGCUACCUACAGUCUGCUAGCUUGGCACUCAUACGUUUUCCACAAAACGUAGACAGCGUAACAACUCUUUACGACGAGUUGGACUUCGAGGAUGACUUGAGGCGGGAAAAGGAUCGCCAUGAGAAUCUAGUAUCUCGGACAGUAAGCGCUAUGACUAGAGCUGCUAAGCUGUGUCCCGAUUUUGCUUUUAGGGCUAGUCUGCGGAGAAUGGUGACAUUACUGUCAGGGAAGCCAACUAGGGGGAAAGAUGCUGAGAGCGAUUUGAAGAGCUUUGCUUCGGUUAAGUCAAAGGGCUUUAUUGUUCCAGACGGCAAUGUACAUGGAUGGGAGUUUAGGAAUUUUGUGGAUACAGCCUGGAAGGCAUGGGAAUGCUGUCUGGACGCAACCAUUACGGCAACUGAAGCUGUAAUUAUCGGAGUACACCGGUCCUAUAUCCCGCUCUGUGACAGCGCUCGGGAAGAAAUGAAUGAACUGAUGCUGAAAUGCUUUCAGCUUGUUAUGCAUAUCAAGGAAGGGCCUCUCUUAUCUCACAAGUCCCAUAUUUUGCGCAUAUUGUUCCCCUUAUAUAUUGCGAAACCGCAACUUCUUGACCUUACUUUUGCAGAAUUGAUAUUUCAAGGAACGAAUGUACCGGGUCUAUGUCGAAACAGGGCAUGCCUUGCGAUGAGUGUAAUAUGCAAACGUCUUCUGGACAAUAGAGUCACCGAAGCUGAACAGUACAGGGAAGCAAUGUGCAAGUAUACAGCCCAGGCUCUACCGGACAGCUCAUUCGGGUCCCGGAACAAAGUGCAUCUGUUGGAGGCAAGUAUCAGUAUCAUAUUUGCCAGUGAAACUUUUCACGAACAACAAGAUUUCAUCGAGCGUCUGAUGGAUUUGGUGCUCUGCGAAUUGGAAUCUGAAAAGACAAGACACGUCCUGCAAAAUCCAGUGACCCUUGCUGCUUUCGUCAGUGAGGGUGAUCGUGUACUCUUCACCCACAUUGUCGAGGCCUUUCAAUUGAUGGAAUCAGGGACCCAUCUCAUCGUGAAGACGAAUUUUGUUGUACCAAACGUCCUUUCUCGCACUAUUGCUCCGAGGUGUGUGAAAUCCGCUGGUGUUUUGAUUGGAACACUGCAUGGACUGUACAAUAACACGAAGUUUCCUCUGGAUGACCAGACCGGGGCUCGCAAGCAAAUGCUACUUCCAACAAGCAGAGAAAUCACUGCUCUCUUAAACCUUGAAAAUAGUUCUCGCGUGCGGAGGGAGCGUGUUGAUGAGAAAUCUAAACUAGGAGACGAUAUUAGGUUAGGAACCUUAGGCGAGCAAUUGAGUAGUCAGAUUCUUCGUCAGUAUGCAAUAGAGCCGCCAGACCCGAGAUAUAACCAUGCGCGAGAAGUAUUGAAGACAUUGAGAAAGUCAGCGUACGAGAUGAUGCGAUCUGCCGUCUUUUCGGGGGUGACGAAUUCGGAGGUGCAUCUGCAGUGUUUGGUGUCUGCGUUAACGUCGGACUGCUAUCAUCUCGAGCCGAUCCAUUUGGUUGAAGUGACGAGAAAAGUGCUACGCCCGUUGCUAUCACAUACCGUCAUGGCAGCUAGUUCCGGGUACUUGGAGAUCCUUGAACGGUCUGGGCUUCCAAAUCUACUCAAUGUCAUCCAGGAACAUAUCGAGUCUGCUAAGCUUGGUGAAAUUGUUGAUUCAGUAUCCACUACAGUGGAUAUCGCAAGGGACUAUGGUCGGAAAUGUCUGGCGCGAUCCGCUGUAGACCUCCUUCAAGGCAUGUACCCUCCUCUUAUUUCAAGGAAAGGUAGGACACUGGAACCGUCGGAAGCGUGGCUGCCGCCUGUGCUUGACCUUCCCAUCCUCGGAAGCAAAAUCAGAUCUAUAUGGCGCGUCAUUUGCAGUCCUGGCCAGGGCUUCCUUGACAGCACUACGGCUAAUAUGGGGUUCAAGCUUGUUACUACUAGUGCAGCGAUAGCUCCGAUGGAUCGCUUCGAUCUAUUUGGACACCUUCUGGAGGCGAGUUUCCGCACGUCGUUGGAAAACCGAGCUCUGAAAGGGGAUUCACCAUUUGAUCACGCGACGGGGGCCAUGUUAGCGGUGAUGCGAAAGUGGCCUGUGGAAAGCAAGGCUGUUAUGGAGGCAGCCACGCAAAGAUACGAACAAGUUUCGACGUAUGUCGCGGAGUGCAUUGAAGCCAUUGCCCAGAGCAGUCAGCAUAGCUCCAAACCCAAGAAACACAAGGUCUAUGUCGUGGAAAUGAUCAACAGAAUAGCUGAAUUCUCAGGCGUUGAUUCAAGACCGCAUAUCAAGGUGGCAUCCCUGCCAGAGAAGCUGAUUACAAAUAAUCCCGCUCGCAAUGCUAACAAACCAAGGCACGAAUUGGAAGAAAUUGUUCUUGGCGAUGCCGCUCUUGACAGCUUGUUUGGAGAUGGAAAUCCACUGUGA